AUGGACACUGCAACAGGCUCAAUUAUAACCCCAAAUGAUCCCGAAGCCAUUCAAGGUGAUGAGAAUCAAGAAGAUGUGGAAGGCAAUGCUAUCCAAGCCGAUCAAAAGCUAAUGAUUGAAGUCCCCAGAAAUAGCAAAACUCUUACAACAGUAUAUUUUCCGGAACCGACAGAAAGAACAGAUGAAGAGAAGAGAGAAGAGCGCAGGGCUCGGCUGAAGAAAGCACGAGGUAUUCGCUUCAAUGUUGACGAAAAAGUAAUUGAAAAAGACAUGCCAAUUGAAAUUUCUAUGGAUAAUUCAAGUAGUAAUUAUACGGAACAGGACACAGCUAUUGCCACACCCACACGAUAUUCAGUUCCUACAGAUAUUGAGACUAUUAGCUUAGAAAUGUCAAAUGAGAGUGAAGUAGUCGAAAGACUUCUGAAUCACUAUUCAGAUGAGAAUCUGGAAAGUCCAAAGAUGGAAGUUGUAGAGCCAACAACGACAGCGGAUUCAAUUCAAUUGAAAAUGGAUUUCUUAAAUGCAUUUGAGAUUCCUUCAAUCUCUGACAUUUCUGCAGACGCCGAAGAAGAAUUCAGGCUCUCCAUUAUUUCUACUGGACAACCAAUUACCUACAGCACUGUAAUAGAUAAAGGUAAAUUUGUUAAUCCUCUGACUGGAGAAAGUCUGUCGAGUUCGUCAAUUUCAUCUUAUUCUUCAUUUGAAUUUGAUAUGUUCGGAAGUGUGGAAUCUCAAAUCAUGGAUGGGGAAUCUAAGUCGGUAGUCAGCUUUUCAGAUAUAAAUCAAUUAGAACUUUCUGCCCACAAUAUCUUUCCUGGGGAUGAGGAUUAUGAACAGCUUGUUCAAUUUCAUUUAAUAAACUCACCCCAUAAGGAAAGAGAUGUUUCCGUGGAUGUCGUCUUGAACGAAUCUUGUGGAAUAAUUAAGCAUUUUCUAUCCGAAAUCCUUAAUAAUGUUGUCAAGCGAAUUGAAACAUAUCCUAACGAUGAAAAAGUCCGGAGACAGCUCGAUAAAGAGAAACUUUAUAGCGCUUUAAAAAAUGUAUUUGAAGAUUAUUGCGUUGCAAAAGAUAUGCAUAAUUAUCUCAAUCAUAAAUUAGUCGAAUAUCAUAGACGACAGAAGAUCGUUCGAGUAUUCGAAAAUCUGUCGCCCAGAUUAGCUGAAAUCGAAUACGAUAGAUAUAUCGAUGCCUUGGUAGAUUAUGAUCAUUAUCUAAAUCUGAUUUCAACGACUAGGGCUAAAAACGCCUUUGCUGUAAGUCGCGCUGAAGAGGAAGUGUCGCAACUCUUUGAAGCAUCCCAGCAUCGGGAAAAAUGUCUGGAAAAAAAAAUCCUCAGUACCAUUGGUAGUAAAUCUGAACAUCUGAGAAAAAUAGCCAAUCGCGAACUAAGGCUUAUGAGAAAGUAUCGAGAUGAGAUUAGUGAUACACGGUUUUCUUUAAUCACAAGAAAGCAUACAUUUGCUGUAAUAACCGCAAAAAUCCUUAAAUAUGAUCAGAUAACUGAGAGCCUCACCGCAAAUGAAUUUAUUGACCUACAAAAUCAGGUAAUUGCAUUGGAAGAGAAGAUCGAUGAACAAAAUCAUGAACUAAAAAGGAUGCGGCAGAACUAUAAUACAAGUGUGCAUGUAAGUCAGCAUUCUCGCGAAUAUACACUUGCACUGCAGGCAAAACUGAAAGGACACAGGAAGAAAUUGGCGUUGGAAGAAGAGCGUCAACGACAGCUGCGGGACAGUCUCUAUCUAGCCAAAUUGACACAUAAUCAAUUCAAUAAACAAAAAACAGAACUCACCUUUCAGGGUGGUCUUUUAACCAUGCCAAUUCUUAUGCAUGACUAUGAUGAAACGGUCGAAAGGUUGAAUUUAAAACGCUCCAAUAUCAAGGACAUGAAGGAGACCCUAAAGCGAUUAACCCAACGCAUUGCCGAACUGCAGACGACCUGUGCUUCAACUUAAUAACAAAUCUAGCUGACUCAAAUAAUUCGAUAUGAAAAUUUUAUAUAAGCAGUCUGGAAUGUGGAAGUUGAGUGAUGUAAAAUGUCUGCUACCCUGUAGUCAGCUUUGUCAUACCCUAUUCCGUCUGCUUUUUGGAAGACAUCUUCUUAUUUACCUACUUUUAAUAGUGUAACUAUUAGCGAUGUAAAUCUAAAAUAAACAUAAAGAUUUAAAUUAAA